CCCGUCCUCUUCGUAUCGUAUCUCAGUUGGGUGAGGCUAGUCGUCCAGGCCAAUCCAUGAUACAUGCCCCGAGCGGCAUAGCGCAGGCCGAAGCGAAUGUGCGUGUGUGUGGGUGGACACAUGUCCGAUGCAGCUUUGGGUCCACGGCCGUCAAAAUCGUCAAGGCCCCAGACAGCGCAGAGCGACGUGCGCUGAGCUCUUCCGCGUCAUUGGGCGAUUGAGCCACACUGGCCAUGGCCGAGGGCGGUUGCUAGCACACGUUUGCCGUACGAGCAGCAACCCACACGCGGUCAUCUUUUUGCCUCGUAUUCGACGGCCACAGGGGUUUCGUAUUGUCUUGUGCCGUGACCUCUGCAUGCAGCGAACGAGCCAGCGGCAUUCGCGGCCUGUGGCUCGGUACCGAUGGGGCCUGCGGUCAAUUGUGACUUUGGCGGCCCGGGAUGGAGCAGCAGGAAACGAACGGCCUGUUGAGCUCGUUCGUCUCGCUCUCUGGCGAUGGCGGACGCGGUUGACAGACAGCAUCGAGAAACAAGGUGUCGAAAGGCAGCUGCUAGCAAUGCGACUUGCCUGGUUGGGACGCUGUGGCUCCUUGCCACCUCCUGCUAUAAGCAACCGGCACUAGCUGUAGCACUAGCUGUGCUGGCGUGGCAGCGCGGGUGCAGGUACCAGUACCUGUCCUGGUUGUUUUGUUUAGGCGUUCUCGGACACGGGCGCUGCUGACGGUAUGGACCGAAAGUUCAGCGCCAUCCACUGUCUUAGUAUUUUGGGGCCCCCCGAGCUGGAGAGUCAGUUGAUGGGCAUUUUGAUAGUUGUCGU